CAUCACUGAACCGAACGGACUAUAAGGCAAAGGAACGACUGAGCACCGGUGAACGAUUAGUAGUCUAUUUGGAUUUUUAACAGUUGGUGGGAAUCCCUGACAACCGAACCAGGUUCAUCAACAUUUAAAGCUUCACAUUUUAUUCAUAACUUCAAAAAAACAACAACCUGCAAAUCGCAAUGCUUCUGGAGCGCGAAGACAGCUUCAUGUCGGAGUUUGAGGACGCAUGCAGCGCCUGGGUGGACAGUGUGGGCUCCAGCCCCAGCGACGGAUCCGACUCUGACCUGGGAUCACCAUUCAGCCAAGUCUUUUCUCCAGGCACUGACGCCUCAGACUCGGAUUUCUUCUCUGACUUCAGUGAGUGUUCUUCAGACACCUUCUCGCCCUCCCUCGGCUACACCAGCACCUUCUUCGCCGAGCCGGAACCGACAGCGGCGGCUGCAGCUGCCGGGCUGAGCAGCACGGCAGAUGCCAUCCUCAACAUGAUCACGGAGAUCGUUGGGAUCUGCACCGAGAUGGAGCAGCAGGGUGACACCGCUUCCAUCCGCAGGUCCACACCUUCCUCCUCUGCGGCAGCUUCUCCGGACUCAGCCUCCGCAGCUUCGCCCCCGCACUUUGCUCCAGCUCCAUCAGCAGCCUCCAACGCCGACAUGAGCAGCUCCGCCUUGCAGCUGGCUCCCGCCUCCGUCUCACAGCCAAUGGUGGUGAAAAGUGAGUUUGUGAGCUCCAGCUGCAGCAGUGGCUGUGGACAGUCACUGCCCGGGAAUGAUGCUCUUUAUCCCGCCAGCGCGGACGCUCUCCUCACGCUGUCGGAUCUGGAGCAACAGGUGGAUGUGUCUGACUUCCUCGACUCUCUGCUGAGCUCUGAAGCCGGCCAGGGUGAACUGAAGGCCGGCUGUGAGGUGAAGCAGGAGCCGCUGGGGGUGGAGGACUGGCUGAAGAGUUUAACCCCGGUUAACGGGGGGGACUCCACCAACUACGUCAUCAGCAGGCCGGCUGUCAAGACAGAGCUCGUGCAGAGCGGGAGCGAGCUCCUCCUCCCCCCUCCCUCCCUCCCCUCCACUCUGGACGCACACCUUCUCUCCUCACUUCUGCAAGGCGCGUUCCCUAUUGUCAACCUCAGCAACGUGCACGCCACUGGAGCCCCUAAAGCGUCUCGAGGGGGCAGGAGAACUCCGGCUAAGGGCGGGCUCAAAGCCAAGCCCUUCCCGUGCUCGGUGCAGGGAUGCGAGCGCCGCUUCUCGCGCUCUGAUGAGUUGAAUCGCCACGUGCGCAUCCACACGGGACAGAAGCCAUUCCAGUGCACCAUUUGCGCGCGCAGCUUCAGCCGCAGCGACCACCUGACAACGCACACGCGCACGCACACAGGGGAGAAGCCCUUCUCCUGCGACGUGUGCGGCAAGCGCUUCGCGCGCAGCGACGAAAGGAAGAGGCACGGGCGUGUGCACGUCAAGCAGCAGCUCCGCGCGCAGAUGAUGGCCGCCUACUCGCUGGCCCUGAACGCGCCUGGCGUCUAAACAAGCAGCGCGAGCUCCUGAUCUGUGGAGAGAGGGUGAAACUUCUGGAUUUAAACCGUCAACCGGAAACCGUCAAGAGGCGUUUCCAAGUGACGUCACACUAAGGGUGAUUUUUGCAGGUGAUCAAAGGUUCACCUUAUUGGACAGGUGCGCGAGCUUAAGGCCUGGCCUGCAGCAGGAGGAUUCUGGGAGAUGAAACAGCAGCUGAUGUGAUGCUGAAGUGGGCCUCCUGAUGGUCACGUGGUGUGGACUGAGGGCUGUGGGUUAAUGGGACUGAGCUGAAGCUGCAGUCUGUUUACCUGAAGGAGAGUCCUGCCUGUUAAAUAUUCCUGUUUAGUGCAUGAGGACGUGAACAGUGAACUGUGAAUGUUGACGUCAGAAUGUGGUGAAGAUACUUUUCUGUCACACUGCUUUAUAUUGGAGGAGUUCUAUGUUUGUAUCCAUAUCUCUAUUUUUCUAUGGUGUCUGUUUUUGUCACACUGUUUUCAAAUCAGAGUGUGUAUAUUUCUAGAAAAGAUCGAUGCCAGAUUUUUGGCGGAUAAAUGUGCAAUGAUGUCACUUUUCUAUGAAACAAAUGAUUGUAAACCCUCUGAAUGAUUUUUAUUAUAUAACUUUCAUUCAGACCUUUUCGCCCGUUUGUGAGCAGCACAGGUGCAUUGCACUGGUGGAUUGUGGGAUAGCGGUGUAGUGUAAAGAACAAACCCCAGCUCAGUGUGUGGGCUGAGCUCUGAGUAGCACACAUGGAUGUGCAGGUUAAUGUUUCCUCGUUCUGCAUGGAAACUGCUGUUGUCGCUGUCAAUAAACAAACAAACAAACA